AACCGACCUGAAUCCUCAAAUGAUGAGUCGAGUCAAUGCAUGUCGAGUCAGCCUCGUUCUGGUGCCGAGUGUGCGCUGCCCGCGCACGAGCUCCUCCUUCGACUCUCCGCCCGCGACAGCUGCGGUUCAGUUAGUUCAGUUAGUUUCCGCUGCCGCCCAUACUCUCUCACCACCGAUCAAUGACCUAAUCCAACUCUCCGCCUCCUCCACCUUGGUUGUGUUUCGCAUUCGAGAUUACUCUCAACGUGAGUAUAUGUCGCUCGCCCCCUUAUACUGAGAGUGCCCGCCUUAUUCCAAGUUCUGGCUUGCUGUGACUUUAUCCUUCCACGGGCUGUUCUAAUCCACCACCCCCCCCGUCGCGCUGCGCCCCUUCUCGUGUCUUCCUUGCCCUCCCCGACAAUGUCCACUUGGUGUCUGGCACAUCCUGAGUGAUCCAGGCUUCCGUGCUUAAACGACAAAUAUGAGCAGCCGUGAUCGUCCACGGGGCCCUCCAUCGAGUGAUUUCCCUCCCCAAAGGGAUCCGCGUCGUGGAGGCGAUGGUCGCAAUGGCGGAUUUGCCGGGCCCGGGGAUGGCUCCUUGUCAAGGGCGGAGAAGUUCGAGGAUGAAAAGAGGCGGAUCAUUCACAGCUGCUUCUCAAAGAAAGACAGUGAUGGGACCUUGGUCGAGUCCUACAUAACACAUGUCCGCAUCAUUGAAGAUGCGGCGUACCCGUCUACCCCCGCUCCCCCGAACUCGCCGCCCGAAAACAAGAAGCCUAGAGUCAUCAUUGUCGCAGUCAGAAGAUCGGGCAGAGUGCGCUUGCACAAAGCGAGGGAAAAUAACGACGGGUCUUUCUCGAUUGGGAAAACAUGGAUGCUGGACGACUUAUCCGCCAUUCAAUCGUAUAACGCCCUGGUACCGUCGACUCCAUUAGAACAACAGCAGAAGCAGUGGGCUCUCAAUCUCGGAUUUGUGGUCACCGUGGGAAAGCCCUAUUAUUGGCAUGCACGGACCUCGAAAGAGAAGGACUUUUUCAUAGGCAGUUUGAUCAAGAUCUAUCGCAAAUACACCGGCGGCAAGGUGCCCACGCUUAUCGGAUUCGACGAUCGUGAACGACAACUGCUGGCUGGGCCCCCUCCGACUGCACCGCCUGGCCCUCAAGCCCCUCAUCCUGGCCCUUCUCGAUCUGAUGUGACCUUACCUCCCCCUCGCCCACCUUCAUCCCAGGGCAGUCGACCCCAGUCUCCGUACACAAGCCGUGCCCCUAGUCGCGAUGGGCCCAAGCGGCCUCCGGCCGAGGAACACACUCUUCGGAGUCAAAAGAGUCGAGAGCAGAUGGCAAGGCCAUCCACUGGUCAGUCUGCAAAAAGCGGGUUUUCACCACUCGGUCCCCCGCCACACCCGCCGCCGAUACCCCCGGACCAUCGUGAGCAGCCUCCCCCUCGUGCGACCGAACGAUUGGCAACAGAUCACAGGGGCCCGAAGGCACCGCUGCCCCCUCCGCACGAAUCUAGAAGUAGGGACUUCCCUUCAAGUCUGCAGGUUGCCCCUUCUACUGGGUCACUGGAGAGGUCCAAUGGCCACACCGCUCAGAUUGGCGAAAUCAGCUCAGGGGUCUCUAACCUGGAUGUUCGGCCACCGUCCUCCCGAGAUGGAAGGCUAGGUCCCGAGUCUAGACCUACUAUGCUUCGUACCCAUGAUUUACACACUAGUCGUAGCAAGGAUGGUCUUCGACCUACCACACCCGGGUCGGUUUCCGGAGAAAAUCGCACUUUCUUGCACAGUCCAGCAAGCAGUGCGGGACCGCGGUCACCUCUGCGAGAAGCAUCAGAAAGGUCGUCCAGGUCAGAUGUACAGAUAGAGCCCCAGGAGCUGGAGGCUCCUGUCAGCUCGAUGGUCGGAGACCUGCCGUCCACUCUGAUGCCGGGCAUGUCAGCAGGCAAUAAGACGCCAACGACUCCCCAGAAUCCCGAGCCUAUCACUGUUCCAGUUCCAGUUCCAGCACCCGCACCCGCACCCGCACCCGCACCGGAACCGGCACCAGCACCGGAGUUGAUCAUAGCACAACCAGAACCCCCACAGUCACAAGAGGCUGCCGAACCAGCUACAGAAAUGGAACCUUCAAUGCCGACUAGUUCUCCAGAUGAAUUUGAAGCUGUAGCUGAAGACCUUGACACGCAUCGCCCGGGCCUUGGUCCGAUGGUAAAGAAAAAGCAAAACAAGGACAUUGCUGGAGCAUUCCGCAAAGCCGCCACUGCUUACGGCGCUUUCAAGCCGAGACCCGGAGGUGCAGGCGAGAGGCUUCUUGCUGCGGCGAAAAAGCAGAAAGCAGCUACGGAUGAACCCGACGGUAUCACGAGCGUUGUUCCGGCCCCAUUCUUGCUUCGGACGAACAGCGACAACACAACGGCUGGCCCCGACAGCCCGGACAAAGAGGAAGCUCCUGCUUUGCCUCCAACCACAGAAGAACAGCCCGCUGCGCCUCCACCAAUAACAAUUCCUGUAACGGAGCCUCCCACGGUCGAAGUAACCCAAGCUCCUCCGCUUGAGCCCGUCGUCGACCCCGUUGAGGCACCCAGUGAUACGCGGAGUACAUCGAGACCCACGGUACAAAUUGUCACGGAUGAGAGGUCAAGGUCUGUGUCGCCUUCACCACAUGACCGUCGCCGUAGACGUCACGAAGACAACACAAUCAAGUACUGUCAGUCACUUGGGAUCAACCCCAGUAUUUUGGUAGGGCGUGGUGUGGAAUUUGAUGAUAUCUUAACAGACCUUGGCUGGAACGGACGGCUGAGCGAUGAGAAACGUAUUGAAGAUCUUGAAGCGGAUAUUCGUCGUGAGAUUGGGCGGGUUGAGGCUACCAGCUGGCUUGGUAAUCUGGAGCAGCAGGAGGGGAAAAUCGAUCAACUGGCCAGACUCAUUGACAAGACGGUCGAGGAAUGCGAAGAGUUGGAUAACCUUCUUACUCUGUACGCGCAUGAACUGAACACACUUCACGAUGAUGUGGCCUAUAUUGAAACACAAUCGCAGGGUCUGCAGGUGCAGACUGCUAACCAGAAGUUACUCCAGAACGAGCUACAGAACCUUCUGAAGACACUCUCUAUCUCUUCUAAUGAUCUACGUGCGCUAAAGGAAUCAUCGCUCAGCAAUCCGGAUGGUCUACGAGAGACUGAAGUUGCGCUGUCAACGUUGUAUAAGGCGAUGCUGAUGAUUGAUUCUGAUAUACGGCAGAACAAGAGACGGCUGGCCGACUCUGCCGGAGAUCAUGGCAGCCUGGGCGUUUACGCUGAUACAGAAAUUGGACAGAUGCGAGCCAUUCAGGAGAAGAAAGAGGAAUAUCGCACCCAUGCUCGUGUAUUCUUGCAGCGACUGAAACAAUUUAUGACGAUCGCCUACAGAAUUGCAGAGCAGAAGAGGAUCGACGCUGUAGCUGCCGCUGCCCAGAAGGAUCCGCUUAAGCUCAACAGCGAAGCUCGCGCGUACUGUCGUCGAGAGUUGUGGCAGUACCAUGCAGUGAUCCUCUUUGCGAGAGAAGUCAGUGGGGGAGAGUGGCAGACCUUGAUCAAUCUCUACGAACAACAGGCUAAAGCACCUUAUCAGAAUGACUUCCGAGAUAAUAAUUUGUCUUGGAAGAAGAUGGCAAGAAAACCCACAGGGGAUGAGCAGGAACUUCUUUUCACUCAUCAAGAGAAGGAAAAGGAGAGUGAAGGUAUUACGAUGGCUGCUCGCAAGCUCACCGUCCGAAGAGGCAAGACCAUCCGAGCGGCGGCAGGACUCAAGCUAUCCUCUAGUGAUAAGCAACACGGCAAGCUUGAGCCCUGUGAAGCGUUUGCAGGUACACUCCAAGAGACACUGAGAAUGAUUUCUGAGGAGCAGAACUUCAUUGUUCAUUUCUUCCACCUGAACUCGCUCUCUACUGUCGAAUUCCCUGACCUAGUCGCUUCGGGCGCUCCCGACGAGCGCCGGGUUCCUAAUUUCAGCGUCAAACAAUUACAUGACCCGGAUCGAGGCAUGGCAAAGAAGGUGGAACAGGGUAUGGACGAGCUCUUCUCAUUCUGGCCCACUGAUAUGCAGAAUCUUGUAGACUGGGCUAUCCAAGCCGAUCCACUACAAGGAAUUGGCAUUCUACUAGCGUUAGAGAAGGCUCUAUCGGAGUUUGAUGAUGCAAAUCAAGAUUUCAUUGUUCACUCACUUCAGAAACUGCAUUCUCGACUUCUUGGCCUAUUCAACCGUUUCGUGGAUGAACAAAUCCGAGGCAUCGAAGAAACCAAAGUCAAGGUGAACAAGCGCAAGGGGGUCAUCUCUUUCAUGCGAGUGUUCCCGAACUUUGCCACCGCAGUAGAGAAUCUCCUUUCGCAGCAGUCGCAGGAAUUCUAUGACAUCCGGAUCAGUGUCAAUGAAGCUUACGAUCGCAUCAAUCGUGCCAUGUGGGAGUCGCUCAAAUUCAUCGCCAAGGAAGCUCCAGGCCAACCUUCAGCAGCGACAGCCGCGUCUGGCGACCCAGAGGAUAAAGAGAUCCUGAACUAUCACAUUCUCUUGAUCGAGAACAUGAAUCACUACGUGGAAGAAGUCGGGAUCCGGGAUCUCCUGGUUCUGGAGCGAUGGCACGCCCGGGCGCAGCAAGAUAUGCAAGAGCACUUGAAGCUGUAUCUGGAUUCGGUCAUCCACCGACCUCUAGGUAAGCUGCUCGAGUUCGUCGAGUCUGUUGAGAAUCUACUGGCGAGCGGUAUGAGCCCCGCGGACAUCGCCAGCCGGCCCAGCCACUCGCGAUCGGUGGCGAAGAAGGUGUUGGCUGCGUACGACGGGAAGGAAGUUCGACGAGGCAUUGAAGGGCUAAAGAAGCGGGUUGAGAAGCAUUUUGGUGAUGCGGACGAUCCGGGCCUGAGCCGGAGUCUGGUGUUGAAGGUGCUCCGAGAAUGUGAGGGUCGUUACGGGGAGGCGUACGACCGUACCCGGCGCAUCAUCGACACACUGUAUGAGGGACAAUUGGAGCUGGAAUGGCGCAAGGAGGAGGCAGCUGCCAUGUUUCAAAGAUGACAGAUGGUUAUUAUUGGUAUUUUUAAGUUUCUGCCCUUGCUUGGCUGUCUGCUACCUGCUGUUGAGUGCGAAUCAUACAAGGGGCGCAUGGAUCUGGGCGUUUGCUUCUUCAUUUUCCAGGUUUACAUCUCUUGUUAUAAGCCGUUGGCUCGUCCGAGUACCCUUGUCUAUUUCUGUACUUAUAGUUCAUGGAUGGUUCGUUAUUGUUUGAGUGUGGGAAGGGGAUUUCCCGCACUCCUGUAUUGAAGAACUACUAC